AUGAAGAGCGAGAACCGCUCCUGUUUUGAGUGCCCGAACAGGAACCCGACCUGGAUCUCGCUGACCUACGGCAUCUAUCUCUGUCUGGAGUGUUCCGGGGAGCAUAGACGCAAGGGUGUCCACAUCUCCUUUGUUCGCAGUGUCGAGCUUGACGGCUUCACACCAGAACAGAUGGUGCAGAUGGCGGCUGGCGGCAAUGGCAAGGCCCAGGACUACUUCAAGGGCCACGAGAUGGGAAAGCUGUCAGGGUCUGGCCGCCCGGUGGACUACACCUCCAAGGUGGCUCAGAGGUACAAAGCUCAGCUCGACUACGACGCGAAAAAGUUCUGUGAGAAAUUUUCGGUGGUUGGCAAAAAUGCCAGCCAGGCCUCCAACAAGGAGUCGGCUGUGGAUCCUGUUGACCAGGCCACGGACUUCUCCUUCGAGGCACCAGAUGUGAAGGCUCUGCGGGGGGACAUGGGAAGGCCGGUUCUUGAAAAGAGGUUGUUGCGCCACGGUGGAACUCACGAAGCUCUCAAGAAAGAGUACAGGGGGCGCAUCUGGGGCAGAUACGGCAGCUUGGACUUCCCUUGUGUGAUUUCCUUUGAGAACAUGUCGUCAACCAGUCCGGCAAUGCAAGAGACUCCCCGUUUUACUUAA